AUGGGCGACUGGUCCAUCCUUGGCCGUUUCCUGACGGAGGUGCAGAACCACUCGACGGUGAUCGGCAAGAUCUGGCUCACCGUGCUGCUCGUGUUCCGCAUCCUGCUGGUGGCGCUGGUGGGCGACGCCGUCUACAGCGACGAGCAGUCCAAGUUCACGUGCAACACUCUGCAGCCGGGCUGCGGAAACGUCUGCUACGAUGCCUUUGCACCCGUCUCGCACCUGCGCUUCUGGGUCUUCCAGAUCGUGCUGGUCUCCACGCCGUCCAUCUUCUACGUCGUUUACGUGCUGCACAAGAUUGCCGGCGACGAGAGGCGGGACGUGGAAGCGGCGCGGGCUCGGGCGCCGGCGGAGUCGCCGCGCAGUGUUGUGGAGGGCCCGGAGAGCGGCGCGUCCGCCCUCGGGCCCCACGGCGAGGACGACUGGGCUGCUCAGGAUGAGGAAAGCGUUGAGCAGUGUCUGCUGGAGCACGAUGCCCAGGACGUGACCAAGGAGCCAGGGGAGCUGUCCAGCAAGGUGCUGCUGAUCUAUAUCGCGCACGUGGCGCUGCGCUCCCUCAUGGAGGUUUUCUUCCUGGCGGGGCAGUACUACCUGUUCGGCUUCCGCGUGCCCUACCUGUUCCGAUGCGAGGUGGCACCGUGCCCGACGCGCACCGACUGCUUUGUGUCGCGCGCCACCGAGAAGACCGUCUUCCUCAACUUCAUGUUCGCCAUCGGCCUCGGCUGCGUCGCGCUCAACGUGGCCGAGCUGCACUACCUGGGCUGGCUGUGCGUGCUGCGCACGCUCUGGGGCGCCUGCUCGGCCUGCUGUGUCCCUCGGAGGGGCUCCCCGGGCGGAGCCGACCGCCGCCCCCUCCUGCUGCGGCUGGAGCACUCGAUGCGGAGCAGGGUGGUCCUCCACGCCCGGGCACCAGCUCUCUCUUUCCAGACUGACUCCACCGUGGAGUGCAUGUCGAAUCGGGGCCCCGAGAGUAGCGCACGUGGCACCUCCCAGCUGCCCAGGGGCAGGAAGUCCUGGCUUUGA